UUAAAAAACACACCUGCCAUUCAGAGCAAAACAGGUCUUUGCUGGUUUCUCAGGCUUCAUCUCCAGUGUCCCUGUGUCCGGUCAUCUAUGACCCUGUUGUCCAGAUCAGCGACCAGCACUCAUAUAAAGCCACAAAUGACACACAAACCCUUCAGAAGGACAUCAGCACUCAAUAUGAAGCUGAUCAACAGCUGCCUGACUUUUCUCGUCUUUAUAAAAGCUGUACAAUCAGCAGCUAUGAGAGAAGGGAGUGAAGAUUUGCUAUAUUUCCUGAAGGAUGCAUUUGAAAUGAAUCGACCUCUUGACCGCACUGAACCAACACCGCUCUCAGAAAUGGAUCUAGCAACAGAGAAGAUUCUGGAUCCUGUACAUCUGGCAGAUCCAACAGCAGAAUGUGAAGCCCCAGAAAUUGUUGUCAACUCUGCUGACUUUUCCAAUACAACACCCAAACCAAAUUUGGUAGAACUUACAGAUGUUGCUGAAGAGAAAUCCAUAGAAAGCAGCAACUCAGACAGCAGAUUAGCUGAAAGAGCAUCAGCAGAAGACAGCAGAGAAGGUGACGUCUUCAAGAGUUUACGGCAGGGAACAGCACUUGCAGUGGUGGAGGACAUUAGUAGUCAGGAAAUGAACAGACCUGAGGAGAACGGGAGAUACCGACCCCCAAGGACCCAGAAGUUAGAUAAACACAACUUUGUGGUAAAAGAAACAGACAGACAAAAUCUGGACCUCAUGAAAGAGCUGGAUCCCAUAAUGCAGAGUUUCGGCAGUAGAAUGAACCUCAAAGACCAGGCUGGUAAACCACAUGAGACUGACAAAAGAGCAAUGGAUUUAGACAGCCCAGAGUUUGUGGACACCUCGGAAAGACCAGACCGAGAUGCUGACAGUGAAGAACGUGAUGGUGGUCGAGGAACAUUUCAGACACAAACCUCAGGAAUCAAAUUGAAACUAAGCUAUGCUGAUAAGCAGGGCAUACUGGACGACAGUAGGGAAUCAGUAGAUUAGCUUCUGGGAUGCACAGAAACAUCUGCUGAACAUCCCAUGGAAGAGAACAACAGUCUGGAUGCCCCUAAUCUGGACCAGAAGAGUCAAACGGACACAAUGAGCUAUCAGAACCAGCUGUGGAAAAUAUGUCCCACAAAGAGAGAACGAGGAUCCAACAACCCAAGAGCACGGCUGGAUUUAGAGCAGUGAACCAUUGGACAGAGACAACAGCAGAGAGAGGCUGCAAUAUCAUGUGGCAGCUCCUCUGUGGGACAAUUUAUUUUUUUCUUCCCUUGAAUAUAUACAUUAUAUAGUAUGAUACAAUGUGAUUUUAAUGUCUGUUUGAUCCAAUAUUUUUUUUUCUUUUUGUGGAUUGUUAUGGACCUGCAUAAAUCAUUUUUACUCAUUCUAUGAGCUCUAUGAUUUUGUGGGAUGCCAGUAUUAUUGAAAUUAUAUAGAAAUGAUUAAAAACAUUUUGCUGAAUAAGAAUAGAACCAAAUAAACUACUACUACUAAUUAUUAUUAGCAUAGACUGUUAAGAGUGUUGUGU